AUGGCGGACCUCGAAGACGUUACGCUGGACGGGAGACCGCUUCAGUCCCUCCGAGUAGCGGACUUAAAAGCGGCUCUUGAGGAAAGAGGACUGUCGAAAAGUGGACAGAAGAAUGCUCUGAUUAAAAGACUCAAGGGGGCUCUCAUGCUGGAGAAUCUGCAGAGGACCUCCACCACUCAUGUUGGACUGCAGCCAAACUCGCAGAUUGGUGAGGAAAUGAGCCAGAACAGUUUUAUAAAGCAGUAUCUGGCAAAGCAACAAGAGCUCCUGAGGCAGCGUCUAGAAAGAGAGGCUCGUGAAGCAUAUGACACAAACGAACAAGAGGGCCACGCAGAGGUUAAUAACAGAACACCGUGCCCCCCUCCUCCUGCACAGGAUGUGGCUCCUGUCGCAGCGGGGCAGCAGAAGCCACCUGGCCCCUCUGAUGGGGAGGGGUUGUUUGGGGCAGUGAAUGCAGGACAAGGCAACACAAACCAGAGGGCUGACGUGUCCAGCCCCCCUGCUUCUGGCUCCAUGGCCAUGCGAGUUCCUGCUGGGGAGCAACGCCAAGAGCAGGGCUCUGCGUCCAGUGCGGUGGCAGGUGACAGCGACGAUGACGACAGCGAGGGUGGUGAGGAGGACGGUGACGACGAUGACUGGGCCAGCAGCGCUCGAAGGAGAAACUUCAGAGAGUCUGCCAGAGGGCCGGCUGCGAGGGAGAGGUCUGGUGCCUCCCGUCAGCCCCAGCUGCAGCACAUCCCUUCCCUUCUGUCUCCUCAACUCCGCCAGCCAACGCCUCCUCCCUCCCCCCCUCCAGAGUUAUCAUUCCCAUUACCUGACACCCCUAAACAGAGCCCGCCUAGUCCUGAUGUUGCCCCCGCCAGGCACUCGCCCAGCUCCUCCAGCUCUGGCUCCUCUAGCAGUGACAGCCGCAGUAGCAGCCCAGAGCACGAUGAGCGGAAGCCCGGCCCACUGACCCUUCUGGCACGCAAAAUGGAGUCCGAGGGUGCCUUUUCCGGAGCAGGGUGGCAUGGCACAGACAAGGAAGGAAAUAGGCAGGACAACAGUUCAUCUUCGGCACCGCCGUUCACUGGCAGAGGGCCUCCAGAGGGUCUGGUAUCUGCCAUCACUCACACAGCCAACACAGCAAGCCACCUACCAUUUCCCAAUAUUCCAGGCACCCACCAGGGCGUCACAGGAGCACAUUCGAUCCAUAUCCAAGGACCUGUGAGUGUGCUCAAGGCCACUGGAGUAGAGGAGAGGGACAGAGAGAGGGAGGCUGAGAUGGAAAGAGAAAAGGCACUUGAGAUGGAGAGGCAAGAGAAAUUGAGAAAACUUGAGAAAGAACGAGCAGCUGAGGAAGAGCGGGAGAGGGCCGCUGCACUGGAGCGAGAAGAAAGGGAGAAAGCUCUGGAAAGACAAAGAUUUGAGCAGCAGCAGGCGCUUGAAAGAGAAAAGGCUUUACAGCGGGAGCGGGAAAUUGCUCUAGAAAAAGCCAGACAGGAGAGGGAACAAGCUUUGGCCAAAGAGAGGGAGAGGGCCAUGGAGUUGGAGAGGCAGAAGGAGCUGGAAAGGCAGAGAGCCUUGGAGCAAGAACGCCUGCAGAGGGAAAGGGAGGAGAAGGAACGGCAGGAAAGAGAGGAGAUGGAGAGGGCGAAAGAGCUGGAAAGAGCCAGGGCUUUGGAAAGAGAACGGGAAGAGCGAGAAAGGGCUCUAGAGCAGCAGAGGUUGGAGAGAGAGAGAGCUCUAGAAGCCGAGAGAAAGGAAAAGGAGAGGAUUGAGAGAGAAAAGGCCCUGGAACUGGAAAGGCUGGAAAAGGAACGGAUUGAGAGAGAGAGGGCCCUGGAGCAAGAGAGAAUAGAACGCGAGAAAGCUGCAGAGCUAGACAGGAUUGCAAGAGAAAAAGCCUUAGAGUUAGAAAGGUUGGAGCAUGAAAGGAAGGAAAAGGAAAGACUUGAAAGAGAGCGAGUGCUGGAGCAAGAACGAAUACAGAAGGAAAGAAAAGAGAGAGAGGAAAAGGAGAAGGCAGAGAGGGAGGCAGCUCUGAAAAAGGAGAGGAUGGAGAGGGAAAGAGUGGAGAGAGAGAAAAAAGAAGAGCUUGAAAGACAGAAAGCUCUGGAGCAGGAGAGACUUGAGAGGGAAAGGGUGCUGGAGAAGGAAAGAAAGGAGAAGGAGAGAGCUUUGGAGCAAGAGAGGGAAAGGGCUCGGGAACAGGAAAAAGCAGAGCAGGAGAGGGUCUCUGAACAGGAGAAGUUUAGGGUGGCUGAAAAGGAGCGGGAGAGUGGCGUCCCUUCCUCCAAACGUGGCCGUGAGGUUGGUUUCACUCCCCUGCCCACUCCUCCCCCCCUCUCCACAGGGCCAGCUAGAACACCAUCGACAGAGAGAGGAGAGCAUGGAGGUGUCCAAGCUCCUGAGUCCCAGGGUGAAGGCCAUGACGCUACACCUCUGUCACCACACUCGCCACAUAAGAAGUUCCGCUUCUCCAGGGACUCCCCGGCCAAGCCUCAGUCCUCGUCCACCUCGGUGGUCAUUAAGCGGCCCCGUACGUUCUCUGACAGCCCCCAGCCUCGGGCCUCACCCAUCACCUCACCCCCCAGCACUGGGGUGCAGCAGCCGGAGGGACCUCGCUCCUCCACUGAGCAGGAAGACCCGCAGGUCAGACAAAAGCAUGAGGGUGCUGCGGCAGCAGAAGACACUGCAGGGACCCAGUCUGAGAGGAAGAAUGUGGAUGGAACGGCUGUGGGUCCCCAAGAAGAAAGAGUCAAAAAGCUUGCGCCAGUGGAAAUAGGACAGGCAGCCUCAGCGAAGAUGGAGUCCUUCAAAAGGGCUAAAGAAGUGGAUGAAGGCAAGGGCUCUACGAGCCCAAAGGAGGCUUCAGAGGAGAGAGGAAGAGAGCCAAAGAAGGAAGAUAAAAAGGCUAAACAAAGAUCAUCAUCCAACGAUUCAUCCUCCUCAGAGUCAGACUCUGGCUCUUCGUCCUCAAGAUCAUCAGGCUCAUCCACCUCCUCUAAAGAGGAAGACUCCUCCACCUCCAGAAUUAGAGAGAAAAAGCAGACUGAAGCAACAGCCAGUGAAGAUCUACAAAGGAAGAGAAAAGUCAGCCAAGGAGACGAGGAGAGGGACAAGAAAAGGCAGGGGAAGGAGAGUGCCAUGGCAGAUCCUGAGAAGCUUUCAGAGACCAGUGAGGAGUUAUUGUUCUACCUCUCCUUCAACCUGACCUUUUCAUCAGUUGCCUUCCUCUCACCUCUCCCGUGUAUUUGCGGUUGUUUUCAUCUGCCUGUGUUUCAGACUCCAAAGGCCUUCUCGGCACGUAAGAUCUCUCUAAGCAGUGAGUACACACCCGCCCACCCCGACCUCAUCCUGCCACAGUCUGUUCCUAAUCGGGAUCAGUUUUUUUGCAGCAAAACGUCCCCCGGCAGUGCCGAGGGCGAGCCGGAGUCCGGGGCCACGGGCGCCCGCAAGAGGCGGUGGGGCUCCAGCACGGCUGUCACCGCCAAGAAGCCCUCCAUCAGCAUCACCACCGACUCCCUGAAGUCUCUGAUUCCCGACAUCCGGCCGAGCUUGGCCCAAGACGCCGUGGUGGACCUGCAUCCAGAGGAAACCCCCCUCUCCGAGGCAGAGGAUGAGGACAGAGAGCGCUCGGACCAGGACCUGCAGAUCCGACGCACAGUCACUCAGGUGCCCUGCUGCUCCGGCUCCUUCAGAAGAGAUUCACCUUUAAAGGCCUGUCUCCUCUCAGUCGCUGACGGGAUGUUUUCUGAUCAACUCCAAUCCAAGGUGGUGCACGCGGAAAACCAAGAGAAUGGGCAGAAGGAGGCAAAGAGGAGUCGGCAUGAGGAGAUGGAGGAAGAGGAUUCUCGGGAUGACAAAGAGAGGAUGAAGGCCCACGAGGAGGGGAUGGACACCUCCGUCCCCGGAGCUGUUGAAACCCAGUCGCCAACUCUCACCAACCGUGACGUAGAAUUCAACACUGUGACUCCGAGCGACACCCUCAUCCGCCGCUCCAUCAGCCAGCAGAAGACGGGGGUUUCCAUCACAAUCGACGAUCCGGUCCGCAGCGCCCGCCAGCCGUCGCCGCCCCGGGGCAAAGUCUCCACCAUCGUUCACGUCUGCAACUUGGUGAGGCCAUUCACCCUCGGGCAGCUGAAGGAGCUGCUGGGCAGGACCGGGUCCCUGGUGGAGGAGGGCUUCUGGAUCGACAAAAUCAAGUCCCACUGCUACGUCACGUACUCCAGCGCCGAGGAGGCCGUCGCCACGCGGGCGGCGCUUCACGGGGUCAAGUGGCCUCAGAGCAACCCAAAGGUCCUCAGCGUGGACUUCUGCGGGCAGGAUGAGCUGGACUUCCACAGAGGUCUGGGGGCCGCCGGCGGGCCGGGAGGGGACGAGCAGGGCCCGGCCCCGGGCCGCGGCCGGGCCCCGGGGCCGCCCCCCCUCCUCCCCGAGCGGGAGCUGUGGGCCGAGCGCGAGCGCGAGAUGGAGCGGCGGGAGCGCGCCCGCGCCGAGCGCGAGUGGGACCGCGACAAGGUCCGGGAGUUCAGCAAACCCGGCGAGGAGAAGGAGGGGGGCCCCGCCCGGUCCCGCUCCAGGGAGAGACGGAGGAAGGAGAGGGGGAAGAGCAAGGAGAAGAAGACGGAGAAGAAGGCCGAGGACCCUCCGGCCAAGCUGCUGGACGACCUGUUCCACAAGACCAAAGCGGCUCCGUGUAUUUACUGGCUUCCGCUCACAGAGGAGCAGUUCCUCCAGCGGGAGGCGGCCAGAGCAGAGCGGAUGAAGGAGCGCGAGAAGCGGAGGAAAGAGCAGGAGGAGGAGGAGGAGAAAAAAAGGGAAGAGGAGCGCAAGGAGAGGACGAAGGCCGCCGGCGCCCCGACCGCUGACCGGAGCGAGGGUGAGAAGGACAAGGACCGGGACAAGGACAGGGACAGAGGCCGGGACCGGGACAGGGAGAGGGACAGGGAGAGGGAGAACGACAAACGCAGGGACGGCUACCGCCGGGCGGGCGGCGGCGGCGCCGGCGGUGGCGGCGGGGGGGGCGGCGGCUCGGGCCGGCGCUCGCGUAGCCGCAGCGAGCCGAGGGAAAGGAGGCGCUGA